AUGGGAGACAUCAGUAAUAAAUAUAACACAACGUCUGUAAAUCAUAACCUGAUGAUAAGUGCAGGCAACUACACUGCAGAGAAAGAAAUUGGAAAGGGUUCUUUCGCCACUGUAUAUAGAGGUCAUCUGAUCUCUGAUAAAUCUCAGCAUAUAGCCAUCAAAGAAGUAUCUAGGGCGAAAUUAAAGAAUAAGAAAUUAUUAGAGAAUCUGGAGAUAGAAAUCGCUAUUUUAAAGAAAAUCAAACAUCCUCAUAUCGUCGGACUUAUUGAUUGUGAACGAACGUCAACAGAUUUUUAUUUGAUCAUGGAAUAUUGUGCCCUUGGAGACCUAACAUUUUUACUGAAAAGGCGUAAAGAAUUGAUGGAAAAUCAUCCUCUGCUAAGAACAGUAUUUGAAAAGUAUCCCCCGCCCAGUGAGAGUCAUAACGGCCUACAUAGGGCGUUUGUCUUGAGUUAUUUACAGCAAUUGGCUUCUGCUCUGAAAUUCCUGAGAUCCAAAAACUUGGUUCAUAGGGAUAUCAAACCUCAAAAUCUACUAUUAUCUACGCCAUUAAUCGGAUAUCACGAUUCGAAAACUUUCCAUGAGCUCGGCUUUGUUGGAAUUUACAACUUGCCCAUUUUGAAGAUAGCAGAUUUCGGGUUUGCAAGAUUUUUACCAAACACGUCGUUAGCAGAAACUCUUUGUGGUUCACCCUUAUAUAUGGCGCCUGAAAUUUUGAAUUAUCAGAAAUAUAAUGCUAAAGCGGACUUGUGGUCUGUCGGUACAGUGGUAUUUGAAAUGUGCUGUGGAACCCCGCCAUUUAGAGCUUCUAAUCAUUUAGAAUUGUUCAAAAAAAUAAAAAGAGCAAACGACGCCAUAACAUUUCCUUCGUACUGCAAUAUUGAACCAGAAUUGAAGAAACUGAUAUGUAGUUUACUAACUUUUGACCCGGCCAAAAGAAUAGGAUUUGAAGAGUUUUUCAACAACAAAGUAGUCAAUGAAGAUUUGUCACCUUAUGAAUUGGGAGAUGAUCUACCUGACCUGGAAUCCAAAUCCAAAGGCAUUGCUGAAAGCAACAUGUUUGUCUCCGAGUAUUUGUCUAAACAGCCAACGAGGCCUAACACUAAUUUUGCGGAACAUCAAUCAAUAACAGGUAAUUCUGGGGAAUUCGACGAGGCCCUCAACAAUAGCGAUAUCUUAGCUACCCCAGCCGAAACAGAUCGUACGCAAACGUUAGAUAAAAAGGACUCGAAUAACAAAUACCACAAUAAUUUGGUUUCAGAUCGAAGCUUCGAAAGAGAAUACGUUGUAGUAGAGAAGAAAUCAGUCGAAGUUAAUUCACUGGCAGAUGAGGUUGCACAAGCAGGGUUCAAUCCAACUCCCAUUAAGCACCUAACUCCUACUCAGAAUCAGAAUAUCUUAUCCAAUCAACAAUCUUCUCCUAAUAACCAGCAAUACUUUCAAAACCAAGGGGAAAAUCAGAAAUUACUGAGAGCCGCAUCAUCUUCUAGUGGUGGGAGUGAUGGAUCCAGACGACCAUCCUUGGUAGACAGACGCCUGUCUAUAUCCUCGUUGAAUCCAUCUAAUGCACUAUCAAGAGCUCUCGGUAUCGCCUCAACGAGAUUGUUUGGUGGUACCAACCAAUAUCAGCAACAGCAACAAAACACGUCUUCUCCACCAUACAGUCAAACUUUGUUGAAUUCGCAACUUUUCCAUGAGCUUACUGAGAAUAUAAUAUUGAGAAUAGAUCAUUUACAACAUCCAGAAAUUCUAAAGUUUGACAACAAUAAUAUUGUCAACAUUUUGGAAUCUCUGGCUGCAAAGGCGUUCGUUGUUUACUCUUAUGCUGAGGUAAAAUUUUCUCAAAUCGUCCCUUUAUCGACAACAAUGAAAGGCAUGGCUAAUUUUGAGAACAGGCGCAGCAUGGAUAGUAAUGCGAUUGCAGAAGAGCAAGAUUCUGAUGAUGCAGUAGAAGAGGAUGAAACUUUGAAAAAAUAUAAGGAAGAUUGUUUAUCUACGAGAACUUUUGGAAAAGGAAGGACGCUAUCUGCCACAUCUCAAUUGAGUGCAACCUUUAACAAACUACCACGUUCAGAAAUGAUUCUGUUAUGUAAUGAAGCGGUCGUCUUAUAUAUGAAGGCGUUAUCCACUUUAUCAAAGUCAAUGCAGAUAACGUCUAAUUGGUGGUAUGAAUCUCAGGAAAAAUCAUGUUCCUUAAGAGUUAAUGUAUUGGUACAGUGGCUGAGGGAAAAGUUUAAUGAAUGCUUAGAAAAAGCCGAUUUUCUAAGGUUGAAAAUCAAUGAUUUGAGAUUCAAGAAUGCUUCUGAAGUAGAUGAAAAUCAAACUUUGGAAGAAGAAAAAGGUAUUGUAGAAGAACCAGUAUAUUUAGAAAAGCUAUUAUAUGAUCGUGCUUUAGAAAUCUCUAAGAUGGCUGCACAUAUGGAAUUAAAGGGAGAAAAUCUGUAUAACUGUGAAUUAGCAUAUGCAACUUCACUUUGGAUGUUAGAGACCUCCUUGGAUGAUGACGAUUUCACGAAUACCUAUGGUGACUACCCUUUUAAAUCCAACAUCCGGUCAGAAAGUACCGACGGUGAAAAUAAAGAAAAAUAUCAUAAUGUAUUGGAUGAAAAUGACAAAACGAUAAUAAGAAGGUACAUUGAUAGUAUUGCGAACAGAUUGAAAAUAUUGAGGCAAAAGAUGAACCAUCAAAAUUAA